AUGUUGCGUUCUUCUUUUACCAGAGUCGCUCGUGUGAGCCCAGCCAGAUUUGCCCAAACGCAGGCUAUUUCAAAAGCUGCCAUUGUGGACCUACCAAAUAGAUGGGAGGACUUGCCAGCUUCUGAACAACAAGACAUUGUCACCAAGUUGACUGACCGCCAAAAGCUACCAUGGAAGCAAAUGACAGAAACCGAGAAACAGGCCGCUUGGUAUAUUUCAUAUGGUGAAUGGGGACCAAGAAGACCAGUGCAUGCCAAGGGUGAUGGUGCCUACAUUGCCAAGGGUGUUGUAGUGGGCUUGGUUGGUUCUGUUGCCUUGUUUGCUUUAAUUAGAAGCUUCGCUGGUGAACCUCCAAAGACUAUGACCAAGGAAUGGCAAUUAAAGUCUGAUGAAUACUUGAAGUCCAAGAACGCUAAUCCAUGGGGUGGCUAUUCUCAAGUUCAAUCCAAAUAA